CCAAAACAAAAAUCAUAAAAGCAAGACCCAAUUUUUUAGGUUUUUUCUUUGCAAGGGGAAAACAUACGGACCAACGUUUUUGGCGACCACAACUCCAAAUCGGAGAUCAUGAAAAUCCCAAAACCAAUUGAUGGAUUGGCAGCCAUAAAUUGGGAUAUGCAAUAGGCAAUAGGGCAAUAGGCGAUAUAUACACAUAUAUAUAGCUGUGAGUUGACAGACAGGUGAGUGAAAGGUUAAAUCUUUGGACAGAAUGUGGAGAUGGUGGAGAAGCAGUGGUAUGGUGAUGAAGCAAGUGGUUGGUAGCAACCACCUUGGGAAGCCCAACAGCCCCUACCCAUGUAUUGGGCAGGUGUUUGGAUUAAAGGGUUUUGCAAAACAAGAAUGUGGGUUGUUGACAAAUCCGGCAAUAUCUUCAUCAUCACUUGUACCCAGAAGGACACUGUCAUCUUCUGAUGAUUUCAAUGGAGGAGGAGAGAUCAACAGAGGAGGAGGAGGAGAGACCAUAUCUUUUGCAGAGGCCAAGAGGCUGAUGAGGCUUGUCAAUGUGGAGGCUUUGAAGAUGAGGCUUGGUGCUGAAGGAAAAGAGGCCAUACCAUAUUCUGAUCUUAUUGAAGCCUGUCAAAGCAUUGGGGUUGCCAGAUCUCCAGAGGAGGCUGCAGCUUUUGCUCGAGUGCUUGAUGAGGCUGGUGUAAUCCUUCUCUUUCGGGACAAGGUCCUCCUUCAUCCUAAUAGGGUUGUGGAGCUGGUUCAAAGAGCAGUACCCCUUGUCCUGACUCCUGAAGAUGACCCCAUGUGGGAGGAGUUAAAGGUGCUGCAGGAGAAGAAGGAAGAAAUUGAUGUGCAGGCACAUAAGCAGGUUCGGCGCAUUCUCUGGUCUGGUCUGGUGCUAGUUGUGGCACAGCUCGGGCUCUUUUUCAGGCUAACAUAUUGGGACUUCUCGUGGGAUGUAGUGGAACCACUUGCAUAUUUCACAACAACAACUUGCAUAGGCAUAGGCUAUGCUUACUUCUUGAUCACUUCAAGAGAUCCGACUUACCAAGAUCUGAUGAAGAGGCUUUUUCUCAGGAGGCAGAGGAAACUCAUCAAGAGGCAUAAUUUUGAUGUUGAAAGAUUCAAAGAGAUACAGAAAAAAUGCGGCACACCUCUACAUGCGAGUGCCUCGAUUAAGAAUCGGGUAGGCAUGGAAGUGGAGCUGGACGAUGCUUUGCAUAGGGAGUAACACUUUACAUUUUGAUUUUUUUGGCGGGGGUUGGGAAAAAACGCAGGAGGUUAUUAACACUUCUGUUGGUUACAAUCUGGCCUCUCCUGUUUUUAUGUAGGUAGGGCCCAUAAUUUUUUAAUUUAACCCGUUGUUUCUGACCUACCCUUCAAUUAUUUGGCACUAAAUGUCAUGCAGCUUCUGCUUUUACUAGGAAGAAUGUAAUGGAUACUGCUUUGCUUAACUAGUUGCAUCCACUGUAUUCUCUUAUUGGUAAGAAUGCACAAUGCUGCCUGUAUCAAAUCCCGUAUUGCUCAUUA